AUGAUAAUUUGCGCUGUGUCAGUACUUGAUACCGCAGCUCAAACCACCACCAAAGCAACCACAACUAAGAAGCCUACCACCACAAAGACCACAACUACCACAACCCCCAAGCCCCCAAACUGUGCUGGAGUGAGCUUCCAGCGCCAUCCUCAUUUUAUGAUUACUCGCGUCUUUGCAGACCGGCAGACCAUGGGGCACCUCACGUUGGUUCUUGUUUCAGUUCAGCUGUGCUCUAUGCUGGUGAUUGCUGAAGGAACGGGACCAAAACCGCUGCGGAUUGUUAAGGCAACUGAAAACAUUCCAAAGAGUGUCUCGACUACCCAAUGGCAAACCAUACUCGCAGGCCUUACGCCUAAAUUAAAUCCGAGCCGUGUUAGCGUCAAACAGCCCACGGUUGACUUGGCAAGACCAAAUUCGUUUGAAAAACAAAUUGUUGGAGGCUCAAUAGCAACCCUUGGCCAGUUUCCCUGGCAUGGAUACCUUGUAGCUACAGAUGCCUCUGGAAAUUCGUUCAUUUGCGGCUCUUCACUAAUCCUUGUAAACUAUGCGCUCACCGCGGCGCAUUGCUUAAAAAACAAUCAUUACGUUAUGUUUGGAACGAUAUCCGUAAGCAGUCCUUCAGCCGGAUUCGUGAAUGUUUCAGUAACGACAGCCACUGCACAUGAGAGUUACAAUCCUACUACAAUCACUAAUGACAUUGCCGUUCUUGCUUUGGCAUCACCAGUGACUUUAAGCGAUACAAUUAAAUUGAUUGCGUUACCACCUGCGUCCGACGCGACGACAACUUUUGUAAAUACUGCGGUUACAAUAAGUGGCUUUGGAGUGAUGAAUGAAGCUACUGGAGCUACGAGCGAUGUCUUGAAAUAUGCAAAUCUCAACGUUGUUGACCUAAGUAUUUGUGCGGGAAACUACUCCAACAUAAACGCAAGCCAAAUUUGCGCUUUGUCACCUAUCAAUGACACAGAUUGCCAGGGUGACAGUGGUGGUCCCCUUGUUUACUUGAAUACCGCAGCGAACGUGUAUGUACAAAUUGGAAUCGUUUCGUUUGGAGGAACAACAUGUGCUGGAACGCCUUCAGUUUACGUCAGGGUCACUGACUAUCUUGCAUGGAUUGAGUCAAAAAUUGGAACAACCCUGCCAACUACAGUAACGGUACCAACUACAAUCAGCAGCACCGGCGCCUCUUCUAGCAGCACCGGCGCCUCUUCUAGCAGCACCGGCACCGGCUCAACCUCGACUGGAUCGACGGUUUCAACCACAUCUGUUAAGACAACAACUGUUAAAACAACAACUACCAAAGCAACAACAACUAAAAAGCCCACUACGACAAGGACUACCACAACUAAGCCCCCUAAUUGUGCUUCAGGAAGCUAUGUUGCUACAUCUAUGGCAAAGUGUUGUGGAUCGCCUUUCAAAGAUUUAGCGGUUCCUAUUAAAAACGAAAAGGUUUGCGGGACGCCAGUCAACACUGCUGCACUGAAGGCCUUAACAACUCUCACUUUAAACAAGUAUCAGAUUGUAAAGGGCAGCUUAAACAACACUAUCAAUUUAACCGACCCGACCUUCCUGAAAGCAUUUGGCAAAGAUGCCAGCUUCCUCAAUUGCUACUUAAUAAGCAAAGGACUUUAUGACAAUACUACUAAAACAUUGAAUGAAACUGGUCUCGCUACGUUCUUGGCUGCAAAUCAAGAUCAGGCAGGGGUAUGGCCAGCUCUUAUAGGAACUGCAGUUACCGAGUGUAUCACUGUGACUGAUGCAAUUGGCAAUGUGCAAUUUAUUAACGGAAAAUUGACCGUCGAUGGCAAUGCCCUAAUUUUUGCCCAAUGCAUAUUGUUCCAGAUGUUUGAUGACUGUCCGAGCAAGAUCGUGACGGGCAGCUGCAAGUCCACCUACACGCUCUUUGAAACAUGCAAACCAUACUUGGCCCAGCAGUUCAAUAUACCGCUAAGCAGCCAAAUUUCGAGCAAGCAGAAGAUAGAAACAGGCCCAAAGCCUUUCGUGAAGAAAGCGGAAAAUAGGGCCCCAAUACAAGCCAGGGCUUCCAGGAGAAGUCCUAAGAGAAAUUAAAAAAAAAAAUGUAUAUGACGACACAUGCCAUGACUACGGAUUACGACAGAAACCUAUUGCAAUUGCUACAAAUUUAAUUAUUAAAAAAAAAAAAAAUGAAUAAAAUACGA